AUGGAAAACUGGCAAGGAGUAAUUGACACUAUUGAACCUGCAAUUAAUGAUUUCAUCAAAGAAGUUGAUAACUGUGAACUUUUAUGUGAAGGAUCAUAUGACCAUGAAGCAUUCCCUGAAUUUAUAAAUGCUGUAGCAGAUCAUUAUGUCAACAUUUUAAAAUGUCAAACAGCAUGUGAAGACAAAGUUAGUUAUCUACAUGGAGAAAAAAUGGAAGGAUUUUUACCAGAGAUGUAUAACUACUUACAGUUUGCCUACUACCAAUUGAACAACUUGGACAGUGCUAUCAAGGCUGUUGCAUCCUACCUUCUCUUUAAACCAGAAAAUGCCAAUAUGCAGGAAAACAAAAGGAUUUACAUUGAAAAAGGUGCUUCUCCUGAUGAAGUUGUACCUCGACCUGAAGCCAUGAACUACUACCUACGUACAAAGCAACAGAAAAGCAUGCUGAAGUUUAUCAAGGAAAAUUAUGUGCCAGCCUUUGAAGAAGAAGGCGAGGAGUCAGAUGAUGUAAGUGACCUGCCUCCCACUGAAGAUGAUCUUGAAGUUAUUAAACCAAAUACCAGUAUUUCGGAUACCAAUAAUUUUACCUCUGUUAAUCCUGAUGCCUUAUCCUCCCCAUCCGAUGUUUCUGAUGAUGAGUUCUCACCAUCCGAUGUUCCUGAUACCAAGACUGCCCCAUCCGAUGAGUCCCAACCAUCUGAUAUCCCUAAUGCCAAGCCCGCCCCGUCCGAUGUUCCCGAUGCCAAGCCCGCCCCGUCCGAUGUUCCCGAUGCCAAGCCCGCCCCGUCCGAUGUUCCCGAUGCCAAGCCCGCCCCGUCCGAUGUUCCCGAUGCCAAGCCCGCCCCGUCCGAUGUGCCUGAUGCUAAAUCCACUCUGUUUGAUGUUCCUGAAACUAAACCCGUCCAAUUUGAUGUUCCCAGUGAUGAGUCAAUACUGUCUGAUGUUCCUAAGGCCGUUCCAGAGGCCCAACUCACCCCAGCUAAUGUCCCCAUUGAAGAGAGUUCACCAUCCAAGACCAAACAAGCCCCAUCUGGUGUACAUGAUGCCAAGCCUGUUCCGUCUGAUGCAUCCUCAGGUUCCAAGUCUCCAAAACCUGAUAUCUCCUCAGAUACCAAACACCAUCAAUCUGCUGCUCCCAAUGCUGAUUCUCUCAAAUCCACAGGUCCUGAUGCUUUGUCCCAACAAUCUGAUAUCCUUUCAAAAUCCAAGAAUAGCAAUUCUGAUAAGCCCAAAUCUGAUGCAGAUAUAACUAAGUUACCUAAAUCUGCUUCUUCUGAGCCUAAAUCCAAAAGUAACACAGCUAAAUACCCUCCUUCCAAAUCUAAUGAUCACAAGUCAAAUAUUGCAGAGCCUGAUGCUCCUAAUUCUAAAACACCAAAUGUUGUCAAAUUAGAUGCACUUAAAUCUGAAACUUCUAAAUCAGAAGCAACCAAGACUAACAUUGUUGCUGCUGAUAUUCCAAAAUCUACUCAGUCAAAAUCCACUUGGCACCUUCUCUCUCUCUCUCUCUCUCUGACAACCUUCUUUCUGUCUGCCUAUACCUUUUCUUUCACACUCAUCCUGAUUGCAAUAUUUAAGUAA